GGGAAGGAUAUGGUCCACAUAUCAUACCUGUUUCUUUUCCAUCAGUGCUCAUUGCAUUUACCUUGAGGAGAAGUUUUUGCAUUCAGUAGUAGUUGCAGAAAGGGUUUAAGGAAAAUGGUGGCGGAUUCAGGCUCAGCUAGCGGCGCCGCCGCUGCCGUCGCUUCCUCCUCGUCAGCUGCACCAAAAAUUAUAUUGGCCAAGCCCUCCGCACCUCGCAUGGAAAGUGGGGGAAUUAAAAUAUUAGAAGCACCAGACAAAGAGAGAGACAGAGAGAGUGAGACAAACCCUAGAUCUCGCUUGCCCCAUGGCUCCUUAAAUCUCCUCUCAGAUUCUUGGGAUUUCCACCCAGAUCGCCUUUUCAAUCUAGUGACAGAUAAUACGGACUUCACAGUUAUCGGAGUUUUGGGACCUCCUGGUGUAGGCAAGUCAACAAUUUUAAACGAGCUUUAUGGCUUUGACAGGAAUACAUCAGGUGUACUUCCACCAUUUGCAGUUCAAUCAGAAGAAAAUAGAGCUAUGGCAAGGCAUUGUAGUGUUGGCAUUGAACUUAGGAUGUCUGUUGAGCGCUUUAUCCUCCUUGACACUCAGCCUGUACUUAGUGCUUCUGUUUUGACGGAGAUGAUGAGGCCCGAUGGAUCUUCUGCCAUCUCUGUUUUGGGUGGAGAUUCUUUAUCAGCCGAGUUGGCACAUGAGUUGAUGGGCAUACAGCUUGGUGUUUUCCUUGCAUCGGUCUGCCAUGUAAUUUUGCUAGUAACGGAGGGCCUUCAUGAUAUCAGUCUUUGGAGACUUAUGCUAACAGUUGAUAUGCUAAAGCAAGGGAUACCUGAUCCAUCUCUGUUGAGUUCCUCUUCAACAGGAGCAGGAUCGUAUUCACAAGGUUCAAGUGCAGCUUCUGACAAAGAGGAACGAGACAGUUUGCAGGAUGAUUCAACUGAGUUUCUAGCUGAUCCAGUGUUCAUCCACACAAAGUUGCGUGAACAGGAAUGCUCUUGGUACAAUGUUGCGUGUUUGGAGAAAGCUUUGUCUCUUUAUUUUAAUUCGUCAUCUUUCAGGAGGAAUGGAGCUGUCCAGUAUUUUCCAUCACGGCUCCAAUAUGAUAGUCAGUCAGAUGUUCUGAGUGAAGCCUUCUCUCGACCACCUAAGGAUGAGAAUGGCCCAGAGGGGCAUGCUAUGUUUAAUAGUUCACAUGUUAGAUAUCAUGAGAUGUCUGCCAAUAGAUCAGGUUCUGAUGGAGUCAGUUUCUUUGUUCUUCCCUUAAAGGUCUCUGAUGACUCGGUAAAAGUUCACAACGAAAGCUUUGAGUCCAUGCUGAGGCAGCUCCGUGAUCAGGUGCUCUCAAUGCCUCGUCGUUCCUUUGCAAGGCCAAUCAGUGAACGUGAUUGGCUUCGAAAUGCAGCUCGAAUAUGGGAUAUGGUCAAAAGGUCUCCAGUCAUUGCUGAUUACAGCAAAACACUUCAAAGCUCUGGAUUGUAUCGAAGGUAGCCAUUGUGAUAUUUAGAGUGCACUUCUGUUAUUUAUCUCACUUAAGAGUUUCUUGUAGACCCUGGGCUGAGUUCGCAUCUCCUAACUACUAUUGUGGAACGGAAGACUAAUAAAAUAGUGUUCACUAUACCUUGUCAGUCUAUGUUGAUUCAAGAUGGAAAUAGAACUGGUGACAUGAAUUGUGAGCUUGAUUUAUUGCCAGGUAAGACGGAGAAAUCAUAAACUGGUUGUAAAACCAAUUCUGUAACUGUUUUUAAUAUGCAAAUGAUCUUUUCAAGACUGUUAA